AUGGGCCCGCUGCCCCUGGUCCUGCUGUACCUGCUGCCCUGCGUCUCGGGCCUGCCUUUCUACAAUGGCUUCUACUACUCCAACAAUCCCAACGGCUGGAACCCGGGCAAUGGCCACGGCGAAGGCGUCUUCAAUGGGGUGAAGCUGGUGGUAGAGACACCGGAGGAGACCCUGUUUUCCCACCGGGGGGCCAACGUGACCCUGCCCUGCCGCUACCACUACGAGCCGGCCCUGCUAUCCCUGAGGCCCGUGCGCGUCAAAUGGUGGAAGCUGUCAGAGAAUGGGGCCCCGGAGCAGGAUGUGCUGGUGGCCAUCGGGCUGAGGCACCGCUCCUUCGGAGACUACCGAGGCCGGGUGCGCCUGCGGCAGGACGGGGAGCGCGAAGUGUCGCUGCAGAUCCGGGACCUGCGGCUGGAGGACUCUGGGCGUUAUCGCUGUGAGGUCAUUGACGGGCUGGAGGACGAAAGUGGCCUGGUGGAGCUGGAGCUGCGGGGUGUGGUCUUUCCCUACCAGCACCCCUGGGGGCGCUACCAGCUCAACUUCCUCGAGGCCCAGCGGGCGUGUGCGGAGCAGGACGCGGUGGUGGCCUCCUUCGAGCAGUUGUUCCGGGCCUGGGAGGAGGGCCUGGACUGGUGCAACGCAGGCUGGCUGCAGGAUGCCUCGGUGCGGUACCCCAUCGCGCGCGCCCGGCAGCCCUGCGGCGGCCUGGGCCUGGCUCCCGGGGUGCGCAGCUACGGUCCCCGUCACCACCGCCUUCGCCGCUAUGAUGCCUUCUGCUUCGCUCCCGCCCUCAGGGGGCAGGUGUACUACCUGGAGCACCCUGAGAAGCUGACCCUGGCAGAGGCAAAGGAGGCCUGCCGGGAAGACGGUGCCCACAUUGCCAAGGUGGGCCAGCUCUUUGCUGCCUGGAAGUUCCGUGGCUUGGACCGCUGUGAUGCCGGCUGGCUGGCGGAUGGCAGUGCCCGGUACCCUGUGGUUCACCCGCGCCCCAACUGCGGGCCCCCGGAGCCUGGUGUCCGAAGCUUCGGCUUCCCAGACCCACAGAGCCGGGAGUACGGCGUAUACUGCUACCGUCCCCGCUAG